ACCGAGCCCCGAAAGGUGCGGAUGCUCAUUAUAGACCAACGAGACCUCGGCGCCCGGAGCCCGGUUCUCCGCUGCGGCUUUCGGGAACCAGCUCCUCUAAUUGCAUCCACAGAGGCGUGCGUGAAGCUCCGAGGGCCCGGGGAGGGAGGGAGGACCCUGCGAAAGCUGCGACUAUCCCCGGGGGGCCAUGGACUCGGACGCCAGCCUGGUGUCCAGUCGCCCGUCGUCGCCAGAGCCCGAUGACCUGUUUCUGCCGGCCCGGAGCAAAGGCAGCGGCGGCGGCGGCUUCACGGGAGGCACCGUGUCCUCGUCCACGCCGAGCGACUGCCCGCCGGAGCUGAGCGCAGAGCUGCGCGGCGCCAUGGGCGCGGCGGGCGCGCACCCCGGGGACAAGCUGGGCGGCGGCGGCGGCUUCAAGUCAUCCUCGUCCAGCACCUCGUCGUCCACUUCGUCGGCGGCCGCGUCGUCCACCAAGAAGGACAAGAAGCAGAUGACGGAGCCCGAGCUGCAGCAGCUCCGCCUCAAGAUCAACAGCCGCGAGCGCAAGCGCAUGCACGACCUCAACAUCGCCAUGGACGGGCUGCGCGAGGUCAUGCCUUACGCGCACGGCCCGUCGGUGCGCAAGCUCUCCAAGAUCGCCACGCUGCUGCUGGCGCGCAACUACAUCCUCAUGCUCACCAACUCGCUGGAGGAGAUGAAGCGGCUGGUGAGCGAGAUCUACGGCGGCCACCACGCGGGCUUCCACCCGUCGGCCUGCGGCGGCCUGGCGCACUCGGCGCCCCUGCCCGCCGCCACGGCGCAUCCCGCGGCCGCCGCGCACGCCGCGCACCACCCGGCGGUCCACCACCCCAUCCUGCCCCCCGCCGCCGCCGCCGCGGCCGCCGCCGCCGCCGCCGCCGCCGUGUCCAGCGCCUCGCUGCCGGGCUCCGGGCUGUCGUCGGUCGGCUCCAUGCGGCCCCCGCACGGCCUGCUCAAGUCCCCGUCGGCGGCGGCCGCGGCGGCGGCGGCGGCCCCGCUGGGCGGCGGCGGCGGCGGCGGCGGGGGCGGCGGCGGCUUCCAGCACUGGGGCGGCAUGCCCUGCCCCUGCAGCAUGUGCCAGGUGCCGCCGCCGCACCACCACGUGUCGGCCAUGGGCGCGGGCAGCCUGCCGCGCCUCGCCUCCGACGCCAAGUGAGCGGCCCGCGCGCGGCGCGACGUGGCGAGCGCAGGGACCCGGAGGCCGCGGGGGAGCGAGUCGGGGCGCUCGGCUCGGCGGAGCCCGGGGCCUGGGGGUGGGGGCGGGGGCCCCGGGGAGGACCCCGGCGCGGCGCGGCGCGGCGCCGCUGGGAGCGCAGGGGCGUCCGCCCUGGGACCCGGUUCAGCCCUCUCCAGGCUUUAAAGGGCGCUGCUGCUCGCAGAGACACCGUUUUAUAAGAAGGCGCUGCUAGGUGCAUCCCUCCCUCGACGUCCCCCGCCACUCCCCCCCCCAAAAAAAAGAAAGAAGAAGAAAAAAGAGAAAAGAAAAGAAAAAAGAGAGUUUCUCGAGGCCCGGGCUGCACUUCGUUACAGGGGGGAGGAGGGCGGGAGGACGGCGUGGGGGGGCUGCCUCCGGGGAGGCCGGCAGGCCUGGGCCUCUAGGGUCGUCCCUGGCCCAGGGCCAGCGGCUGCGACUUCCUUGGGAGCUGUCAUUGGGUACCAGGAGCACUUACAGUCGGUCGCGUCCAACCUGGGUAAAGCCGCCACUGUCACUGUCUGAGAACUCUUGCCGGUCCUCCCUGUCGCUCCUCUCGGUUUGGGGGAUUUUGUGGUUUUCUAAUAAAUCUGUGUUCCUUUGUCAACAGUGCCAGCAAGCUUUAUAGAAGGUCAGAAUAGAACCCACUUGUGGAUUGGAAUAAUCUAAAACUGUCGACUUUGGGGGCGGGUUUUUGUUUUUGUUUUCUGUUUUGUUUUGUUUUUUGUUUUUUGUUUUGUUAAUUAUUUUAAAAUAGACUCUUUCCCCCUCCUUCCCCUUCUUUCCGUCUCUAAGCACAACGUGAUUGGAUUUAUUACCCGAUCCGGGGCAGUCAGUCGGAUACCUGAGGGUUUGACGGAGCUCAGAGGCUGUUGCUGUGAAUAUAGUUUGGGUUCUCUGGGAGUUCCGUUGGCUUUUUACAUUUUUUUCUUUCUUGGAUGUGUAAAUAUAGGAUCCAUAAUGAGGUAAGUGCGUGCUGCUAAGCUGUUUGCUCACGUGACUGCCGGCCCCUCCGGAAUCUAAGCUGGGUUCCCACUACGUUGGUUUCUUUUUGCCACGUUUAACACAAAUGACAAACUUUUUCCACGUGCUUCCUGCGUCCUGGCAAACUGGCGCUGCGCUACCAGCGUCGCAACAUGGGUUUCACAGCGUCUGCCACGUAACAUCCCUCCUCUGACCGCUGUCCCUUGCAGAGAGUGUAUCAUCUGUUUUAUUUUUGUAAAAAGAAAAAAAAAGUGCUAAAUAAUAUUUAUUACUUGUUUGGUUGCAAAAACGAAAUAAAUGACCAAGUGUGGAGAUUUUAAAUAAAACGUAAAGUAAGUCGGGUGUUUUCCAACCCUGCGGGUGGAAAGAGGUACCGGGAGCCACCUAGGGAAGGGGGUGCAGGACUCUAUCCCUUGGAGCCGGAGCU